AUGGAGGAAAACAAAGAUGUUCAAUACUGUUUUCAAGACAGAAACUCUUCUUGCAGAAAGGCUUUGCUAUCGACAUCUAUCUACAUUACACUGUACAUCUUCUUGUCAUUGAUUUCAGCAGUUACAGUAUUUUUGAACAUACUGGUGAUCAUCUCCAUCUCUCACUUCAAGCAGCUCCACACUCCAACCAACCUGCUCAUCCUCUCUCUGGCUGUGUCAGAUCUGCUGGUGGGACUGAUUGUGAUACCAGUAACGACUGUAGCAAAAAUGGAAUCAUGCUGGGGGUUUGGGAAAUAUUUCUGUGUGUUUCAAUUCUACAUCUCUUUUUUAUGUACUUCUUUAUCUCUGGGUAAUUUGGUCUUGAUAUCUAUUGACCGCUAUGUUGCUGUGUGUGAUCCCUUAUUAUACCACUCUAAAAUAACAACAACAAGAAUGAUGUGUUGCAUAUCCAUUACCUGGUGUUGUUGUAUCAUAUACCGUGCUGCUAUUAUAAAACACUUUCUAUAUUUACAGGUACCUGGUAGGUGUUUGAAAGAAUGUUUAAUUGUUGAAGGAAUAACCUGGGGUAAUAUCAUUGACCUUGUAAUUACAAUGGCUGUCCCAUGCUCUAUUAUUAUAACACUUUAUAUGAAAAUCUUUGUGGUGGCCAGAUCACAGGCCAGAAAGGUAUUUUCAAAAGAGGCUGCCAGUGUGUCUGGUGUUAAAACUCUACAGGCUAAAAAGUCUGAAAAAAAAGCAGCAAAAACUCUUUCAAUUGUUGUUAUCAACUAUUUCAUUUGUUGGAUUCCAUUUCUAUUUAUUUUCUUCACGUUUUCUAUUUUAGUUGACAAUUUCAUAUCAUUUUUCAUCAGUUUUCUGCCACUUGUUAAUUCCUUAAUAAAUCCAAUAAUUUAUGCUUUCUUUUAUCCAUGGUUCAAAGUGACAGCUAAACUUAUUUUAACUUUGAAGAUAAGACGUUUAUAGAUCCUAUAAUUUUAUUCCCUAGGUUGGCAAACAUAGGUUUGAUAUCAUUUUGUUCUACAAUUCUUAUAAUUAUUUAUUUCAUGUAACAAUACACUGACAUUGCUUAUCUCAGUGUUGUCAUCAUAGAUACAUGUGGUGUUGAUUCAGAAUGAUUUGUCUGGGUUGGAUUGGAAUAACUUAGAGAAGGCAUAAGA